UGCCGACGUUGACACGUCGUCGACGUUCUCCGUUUGGAGACGCUCGCACUCGAUGUGCUCUAUUCUUCGGCCGUAUCGUCCUUUCCUUUCUCAGCUCUCUCUCUCUCGGCCUUACUUCCCUCGGACACAUCGGCUCUCAACAGAUCUUGCGUGUGACGUUGAGAACAUCAGCUUACUGGGUAUCCCAUGCGGCCCGGAUCCUCUGUGGAUCUACCACGUGACCCAAGGUUCAACCAUCUCCUCAGUCAAUGUGAAGUCAACUCGGAUUCACCAUCACGCAUCCGCGUCAAGUGUGGUUGGGGUAUUACAUGUGCCAUGUGGCCCUUCAACAUGGAACCACACAAAAGAACGAAGCAGCUAUCGCACCGCCGUUAAUGCGUUGAAUAAACACGUCACUUUUGUGGGGGAAGAUUGUUCACAUUGCUGGGGAGGGCCUUGGGAUAAAGCUAUGGAGAUUAAGACAGAAUACAAGUGUGAAAGAAAACCUGCUUCGGAAACGAACAAGUUGUUAAUGAACGAGAUAGUGCGAGGUACCGCAGGUACUCUCAUGAAGUUCCAACCACCCUAUCAGUUCUGGUCGUCAGUCAGGUCAUGCAGUUUUUCGUCGUAUCUUUUUUUUCUGUCAGGUGCAGAGUAUCUUUUACCACUACGAAUUAAUCGCCAGGACUUUGAUCCAUACCCCGAUACACGUUCGUUCCCUACCAGUGUGCAUGAGCGGUUCGCAACAAAGCUCUCUUCAGAACAUCCACUUGGCUUCAUUGGACGCAGGAAUAUCUCAAUUUGCGCCAUACUAGUUGAAAUACAAGAUAUCGAUUUCCUCCCCGGCCACUUCGUUUCUUUGUAUCUGAAGGUAUUCCAUGCCAUAGACCACAUGUGCGAGUAAAGUUCGCGCAUAACAGUCUUCAGUCACCCCAGGGCACUUCGAUUUUGUUUUGAGCACCAGCUCUUCCAAGCUCCAGAAUUAUUGACAAA